AUGAGCAGGAACAACGGCAAGGGGCCGAAGCUGGACCUGCGGCUGAGCUUCUCGCGGUCACGCGGCGGAGGCGGGGGCGGAGGGGGUCCAUCGGCCGCGCCGCCGGGAGGCAGCAACUCGCCCAGGAGGAUGUCGUCGUCCUCAUCGUCUUCGGCGUCGCCGGCGAGCUCAUGUGUGUCGUCGGAGGGGAGCCCUGAGCCCGAGGCAGGCGGCGGCGGCGCGUCAAUGAUCCUGGCGGGUUGCCCCCGGUGCAUGAUGUACGUGAUGCUGUCGCGGGAGGACCCCAAGUGCCCCAAGUGCCACAGCACGGUGCUCCUCGACUUCAACGACGCCGGCGCCGACCAGCGCCACGCGGGGUUCGGCUCCGGCAAGGGCAAGCGCGGCUGA